AUGGUUGUUAGCUCAUCAGUUUCCUCAUUGCAGCAAUCUUGUCGCGACGAUGAGAGGACUGCCUUGCUGCAAUUCAAGGAAAGCUUCAUCAUUAACAGAUCUGCCUUGUAUUCUGAUGACGAUUAUCCAAAGAUUUUGCAAUGGAAACUAGCUGAGGAACAAAAUGGCAACUGCUGUGCAUGGGAUGGCAUUGUGUGUGACGAGAGGACGGGUCAUGUUAUUGGCCUUGAUCUUAGUAGCAGCUGUCUCCUGGGCUCUAUCAACUCCAACAGCAGCCUUUUCUGGCUUGUUCAGCUUCAAGUGCUGAACCUCGCUGACAACCACUUCAACUACUCUCGAAUUCCUACUAGCAUUAGGAAUUUCCCUAGGCUCAUGCAUCUUAAUCUCUCUAAUUCUUUAUUUUCUGGCCAAAUCCCAUCCCAAAUUUCACAGUUGACCAAAUUGUCGUCCCUUGAUCUGUCUUUGAAUCAUUUAACUGGUCCAAUUCCUUCUAUAGGAAAUCUCACCCACCUCACAAAACUAUUUCUGUCUUCGAAUCAGUUAACCGGUCCAAUUCCUUCUCUAGGAAAUCUCAUCCACCUCACAGUAGUUUCUCUAUCUUCAAAUCAGUUAACCGGUCUAAUUCCUUCUCUAGGAAAUCUCACCCAGCUCACGAAACUUUCACUGUCUAGGAAUCAGUUAACCGGUCAAAUUCUUUCUCUAGGAAACCUCACCCACCUCACAAAACUUUCUAUGUCUUCAAAUCAGUUAACGGGUCCAAUUCCUUCUAUAGAAAAUCUCACCCACCUCACGAAACUUUCUCUGUCUAGGAAUCAAUUAACCGGUCCAAUUCCUUCCCUAGGAAAUCUCAUCCACCUCACAAAACUUUCUAUGUCUUCGAAUCAGUUAACCGGUCAAAUUCCUUCCCUAGGAAAUCUCACCCACCUCACAAAACUUUCGUUGUCUUCAAAUCAAUUAACGGGUCAAAUUCUUUCUAUUGGAAAUCUCACCCACCUCACCAAACUUUUUCUGUCUUCAAAUCAUUUAACCGGUCCAAUUCCUAAUUCCUUAUCCAAUCUCAUCAAUCUCGAGGCAUUAGAUCUAACUGAUAAUAAUCUGACUGGUACAGUGGAGUUCCACAUGUUUCAUAAGUUACAAGGGCUCACCAAAUUAAAACUAUCUCGUAACAGUUUGAAAUUUUUUACAGAAACAGAAAGUACGAAUGCAAGCCUACUUCCAAAGUUAAACUUUCUAGGAUUGGGUUCGUGCAACAUAAGAGAGUUCCCAAGUUUCCUGCAGUAUCAAGAAACAUUGGAGUACUUGGACCUUUCCUACAACCAUUUGCAUGGUGAAGUACCAAAAUGGAUGUUGAACACAAGCACAAAGACUUUGACGUACAUGGACAUUUCUCACAACUUCCUUUCAAGCAUUGUCCAGCAUUCAAAUGCCUUUCCUUGGGUUAACCUACAAUUUUUAGAGCUCCAGAAUAACACGCUACAUGGGCCGCUACCGAUGCCUCCACCACACACAGUUCACUAUCGUGUUGCAAACAACAAUCUAAAUGGAACAAUUUCACCAUUGAUCUGUAGUAUGACUUCUCUUCAGCUCCUUGAUCUCUCCAACAACAAUAUGAGCGGAACGCUUCCCCCCUGUCUUGGAAACUUCAGCGCUGAUCUGCGAGUUUUAAAACUUGGAAACAACUCUUUCAGCGGUUUUCUUCCUGAAACAUACACCAACACAAGCAGUCUGAGGUUGAUUGAUGUUAGUUAUAACCAAUUGCGAGGGCAACUACCAAGGUCAUUGCGGAACUGCAUGACACUUGAGUUUAUUGAUCUGUCACACAAUAAAUUCAGCGAUGUUUUUCCCUUAUGGUUGGGGGCUCUUCCAGAGUUAAAACUUUUGGCAAUGCACCAGAACGCGUUCCACGGUCUGAUAGAGGAACCUGAUCAUGACAAUGUUGAAUAUUUCCCUGCGUUGCGAAUUCUGGAUCUAUCUUUUAAUAGUUUCAGAGGCAAGUUUCCGUCUCAAAACAUCUUUUCCGGGAAUGUCAUGAGGGGUGUCACUCGAAACCAGUCAACAUAUAUGAAGGUAGACACAACUAUUGAUGCUCCUAGUCUUAAGGUAAUCUUUUAUACAUUUUACUCAAUCACAAUAACUAGCAAAAGUGUGGAGAGACAUUAUUCGAAGAUUCAAGAAGCCUUUGCAGUGAUUGACAUCUCAAGCAACAAAUUUGAAGGGAGGAUUCCUGAAUUUAUUGGGAACCUAGAGGGGCUGAUCUCAUUCAAUAUAUCUGGUAAUCUCCUAACUGGUCCCAUCCCAUCAUCUUUCGGGAAUUUAAGACGGAUUGAAUCACUGGACCUUUCACAAAACAAGCUUUCAGGACAAAUCCCUCAAAGCCUCACGCAGCUUACAUUCCUUGCCAUAUUCAUUGUCUCUAACAACAAUUUGACAGGUCCAAUACCGCAUGGAACCCAACUUAUCUCAUUCGGUAGCGGUUCAUAUGAAGGAAACCCUGGAUUGUGUGGAGAUCCUUUGCCAAAGAAAUGCGGAGAUCCUAAGGCUCCUCGCCUGUUGCCUUCAAGAAUCGAAGAAAAUGAUUCAGGCUUGUUUGAAUUUGAUUGGAAAUUUGUUUUGGCUGGACUCGGUAGUGGGUUGGUAGUGGGAGUUGUUCUUUCGGAUGUGGUGAUCACAAAGAAGCAUGAAUGGUUUAUUGAGAUUGUUAAAACCAUCAAACUGAUGAUAGGAAAUUCAUAA